UGGCACGUGUGUACUGUACCGAUGAAAUCUUGAUUGUAAACACGAGAGACAAUAAUUCGUUAAAAUGACAAAGAAAAAGAGCAAAGUUAUUCGUUCUAUGAAAGCUAAGCAAAGCGAGGGACAAGAGGAAGACUACAGAAAGGCCCCACAUUCCUUUGUGUUUCACAGAGGUCAUGUUGGUAAAAAUAUUCUACAGCUUAUCAAGGACAUGCGACAUGUAAUGGAGCCUUAUACAGCAUCCCGACUUCAGGUCAGAAAGAAGAAUGUGUUGAAAGACUUUGUCAGUAUAGCUGGAGAUUUAGGAGUGUCACAUUUCUUGAUAUAUACAAAAUCAGAAAUAAAUGUUCACCUUCGAGUGAGUCGAUUAUCAAGGGGGCCAACAUUAACUUUCCGAGUGAAAGAAUACACAUUGUGUAAAGAUGUUGUGUCUUCCCUGAAAAAGCCAAAUGUGGACCCAAAACAGUUCAAUCACCACCCAUUGUUAGUGAUGAACAAUUUUAGUGGGGAGGAAAUGCAUCUGAAGUUGAUGUCCACAAUGUUUCAGAACAUGUUUCCUUCAAUAAACAUUAACAAGGUAAAUUUGAAUAACAUAAAGAGAUGUGUGAUGUUGAAUUACAACAGUGAAGAUAAGACAAUUGACUUCAGACACUAUAAUGUGAAGGUUGUACCAGUGGGGCUCAGUAAAGGUGUUAAGAAGUUAAUUAAAGCAGAAGUUCCAGACCUUAGUCGUUACAAUGAUGUCUGUGAUUUUAUAACCAAGGGAGGUAACCUCUCAGAGAGUGAAGCAGAACUGGAUGGAGAGCAUAAUGAAGUGGUCUUACCCCAAGACAUCAGAAGUAGGGGCAACAUCAAAGCUGCUAAAAGUGCCAUCAGGUUGACAGAAAUUGGUCCCCGUAUGACGUUACAGCUGCUGAAGAUAGAGGAUGGUGUAUGUCAGGGGGAGGUCAUGUUUCAUGAACUAGUCAUCAAAACUGACAAAGACCUCAAGGAUCUAAAAGCUCUGAGAGAUUCAAAGAGGAAGCUGAAAGAACUACGAAAGAAACAACAGGACGAGAAUGUCCGAAAGAAGAAACUUAAGACUGAGAAACACAAACAGAAGUGUCUGGAGGGAAUGAAGAGAAGAAGAGGGGAGGAAGAUGUAGAGCAGCCAGAGCUGGGAGGUAAGGAUUAUGAUGAUAAUGCAAAUGAUGAAGAUGAUGAUGAUGCAGCAUACUAUCAACAGGAAGUAGGGGAAGCCCCUGAUCCAGAUCUGUUUCAAAGUACCAGGAGGAAGAGAAAGGUUGUUUCAAAGUCACCAGUUCCUCACAAGAAAAAGAAACCAAAUGUUGUGAGCAAUGGUGACAAAUCUAACAUUAAAGACAGUAUGAAAGGAAAAAAUAUCAAAUUUUCUCGGGGAUCAAAACCUGAUGAGUCAUGGAAAGUGAAAGGAAAAUCCAAAGGUGGAAAAAUAAAGCAGAAAAACAGGCCAGAUAAUAAGAAGGUUAAAAGGUCAGGAGAGAUAACCAAGAAACCCAAAUUUAAAGCAAAACGAAAAGGCAGAAAAUGAUGUACAAAUUUUGUAUUGAGAAUUAAAGAAA